CAGGAGUGAUCAACAAGGCUGGAUUUGUAGUGCACAGUGCCGUACACCGAGCAAGACAUGACGCACAGGCAGUCAUGCACAUACACCACCCACCCACAAUGGCUGUGUCUGCUAUGAAGUGCGGGUUACUACCAUUGACCCAGGACAGUUGUAUACUGGGUAAAAUCAGUUACCAUAACUACGAAGGAAUCGCCAUCGAUAAAAAGGAGAUUGAGUCCCUGGGACGUGAUUGUGGAGAAACUAACAGGGUGAUGAUGCUCAAGAACCAUGGUGCACUGACUCUGGGCAGGUCUGUUGGCGAAAUGUUCCUGUUAAUGUACUACGUGGUCAAGUCAUGUGAGUCUCAAGUGCAGGCUUUUUCUGCUGGCGGUAUUGACGCAGUACAUCAAAUCCCACAGGCGACGCGCGAAUUAGUACACAAGCAGGCCACGAGCUUCAAUGCCGAGGUUGGAAAGACCGAGUUCGAGUAUUUGAGACGUCAACUAAACAACGUCUCUACCGAAUACAUGAAUUAAGGGGCAACAGUCGAUUCCCAGAAGCUGUGACGGAAAGUCGCGCCCAGAACGAGUUUCGAUCAGUAAAAUAAAC